UGUGGAGCAGAAAAGAAAUUUCAUUAUUUUAAUUGAUGGUAAAUAUAAAAGCCCAUAAUGGACCCAAGGCCCUCAGUGAGCAUUCGAUAUGCGGAGUGCCAAGAUGGCUCUAUUCCGAAAUGGUCAGAAUGUGAUUUAUGUGUGCCUGGUGUUGUCCCUGUUUGUCGGAUCGCUGAACGCAGAGUGUUGCAAGGAUGGAGAAACCAAAAUAGACGAAGACGAUUGCACGAAGUACCAGGUGUGCUGCACUGGAGAAUUUGUAUCCAAGUCGUGCCAAAAUGGAACUUAUUGGGACCCGGAGACAGAACUCUGCCAAAUCGACAAUGGAGAGUGCCGGCCUCCGACGCCAUGCGUGGAUGGCGAGACGGAGGUGGACGCGGAUGACUGUACCAAGUAUUUUGUCUGCUGCCACGGAGAGCUGGUUUCCAAGUCCUGCGACAAUGGAUAUUACUGGAACUCUGACGCCCAAGAAUGUGACUUGGAUAACGGCCAGUGCAAGCCCCCCACCUGUGAGAAUGGUGAGGUGAACCCAAACCCGGAGGAUUGCGCCGGGUAUCAGGAGUGCGUCAAUGGGGCCUGGGUGAACCAGAGCUGUUCCGCCGGGGACUACUUUAACAGCACUCUGAAUAAGUGCGUCCUGGAUACGUGUGGAGCGUGUGUCAACUGCGUUGAAGGCAGCAAGAAGCCCGAUCAGUACGACUGCGCCAAGUUCCAAAUUUGUGUCAACGGAAAGUAUGUCUCCGAAUCCUGCCCGAUCGGAGAGUAUUUCAACUCGGCUAUAAACGACUGUGAGCAGGACAAUGGUCAGUGCAACGGAAACCAAACAUGCACCGAAGACGAAAUUCAGGCGGAUGUCGGGGACUGCGCUGGAUACGAAGUGUGCUCCAAUGGCAGCUGGGUCAGUCGUCAGUGUCCUGACGGAGCCUAUUUCGACGAAAAUCUGAACUUUUGCACCCCCGACACGGAAGGAAUUUGUCUGAACUGCACUGACGGAGACCUUCAGGUCUAUCCCUCAGACUGUACCAAAUUUAAAAUUUGUACCAACGGAAAGUAUGUGGUUAAGAGCUGUGACUCGGGAGACUACUGGAACUCGGCCACUAAAAAAUGUGAAAUAGACAAUGGCCAGUGCAACGGAAACCAAACUUGCACCGAAGGCGACAUUCAGGAGGAUGCCGAAGAUUGCGCUGGAUACGAAGUGUGCUCCAAUGGCAGCUGGGUCAGUCGUCAGUGUCCUGACGGAGCCUAUUUCGACGAAAAUCUGAACUUUUGCACCCCCGACACGGAAGGAAUUUGUCUGAACUGCACUGACGGAGACCUUCAGGUCUAUCCCUCAGACUGUACCAAAUUUAAAAUUUGUACCAACGGAAAGUAUGUGGUUAAGAGCUGUGACUCGGGAGACUACUGGAACUCGGCCACUAAAAAAUGUGAAAUAGACAAUGGCCAGUGCAACGGAAACCAAACUUGCACCGAAGGCGACAUUCAGGAGGAUGCCGAAGAUUGCGCUGGAUACGAAGUGUGCUCCAAUGGCAUCUGGGUCAGUCGUAAGUGUCCCACAGGAGAGUAUUUCAACGUAACUGAUAGUACUUGCAUCAUCGACGAAUCGGGAGUUUGCUUGAACUGCACCGAGGGCACGACAGGACCAGUGCCAAGCGACUGUACCAAAUACAAAAUAUGCGCCGGCGGAAAGUAUGUGGUCCAGUCCUGUGCCGGUGGACUCUACUUCAACAACCAAACCAACCGCUGUGAAAUAGACAAUGGUGAGUGCGUUGUGGUUCCCUCUUGCAAGGAGUCCGAGGUGGAGGUAAACCCGGCCGAUUGUGCUGGCUUUUUGGAAUGUAUCAACGGUAAUUUCGUUGCCCGAAAGUGCGCCGCCACACUGUUCUUUAACACAACUCUCAUGGAAUGCGUAAAGGACACAGAAAACGUGUGCAUUCCCAAAGACUGUGACCCCGAAUGCUGCGAGAAUCCAAAUGGUCCCACACUUCCGGUCGCUAACAACUGCUCGGCCUUCAUCCAGUGCGUGGACGGCAAGGUGUUCCAGCAUACCUGUGCAGGCAACCUGCAAUACAACCCGGAGACGAAGGACUGUGACUAUCCGUGGGUUGUCGGUUGCGAGGAUGGAGCCCCGCCACCGAUCGCCGGUCCUUCCGGUACCUACUGUGAGAGCCACGGAAACUGUAUUAAUGAGCGCGACGGAGCCAUGUUUGCCUCCUGCUCCAAGCCGUGUAGUUCUUCCUAUGUCGUCUGCCAGUGCGAAUGCGAGGUGAACUUCACGUGUUCUGCCGGACUUAUUUUCAAUCCGGCGAUAAAGGUCUGCGAUUGGCCCCAGAAUGUAAAAUGUUAAAAGCUUAAAUAAACUUUGUUAGCACCGCAAAA